CGUCUUGCGUGUUUCCGUUCUCCAUAUUACAAUAAUUAUUUCUUCGCGAUUUACGCUCUGUCGUGUUUAGUGUGAUUUUCAUUAGUAAAGAAUGUUAUUUAUUUGUAAUUAUUGAAAUUCGUAAUUAUAUUAAUAUAAAACCAAAAUCAUGGGCGAUCCGUACGCAUCGUCGGACUAUGGCAGCGGAUCCUAUGGAGGUCAAUAUUCAAUGCCGCCACCAUCUCUAGGAUCAGGUGAUAGUACCUAUAGCGCACCUCAACAGCAAAGUGGUAGUUAUACUCAAGGAAGUUAUGGCGCCGGUGGACAAAAUACUAACCAAGCGUGGAGUCAACCGAGCUCUGGAGGGGGGGGUAGUGGAAGCUAUGGCAGUCAGGAAAAUUAUGGACAGCAAAACUAUGGAUCAAAUUAUGGAGGUAGUGGUAGUGGAUUUGACCGCAAUGGUAGCGGUAAUACUAGCUACAAUGUAAGUGGAACUGGAGGUGAUCGCGGAGGAAAUAAUUAUGGCAGUAGUGACCGUGGUGGGAAUUAUGGAAGCAGUGAGCGUAGUGGGGGAAACUAUGGAAACAAUGAUCGUGGAAGUGGGAGUUAUGGAGGUAGUGACAGAAGCGGUGGCUCAAGCUAUGGUGGUGGAGGAGACCGUGGAAGUGGUUACUCAAGUGGCGGCGAUAGAGGAGGCUACGGCAGUGGAGACAGAUCAAGCUAUAAUAGAGAUGGAGGAAAUAGAGAUGGUGGAUACGGUGGCGGCGGCAGGGGGGGUGGUUAUAAUAAAGGAGGCGGUGGCGGCUACGGCGGAGACAGGGGUGGUGGAGGUGAUAUGGUGACACAAGAAGAUACUGUCUUCAUUCAAGGCAUGAACCCAGCUACUACUGAAGAUGAAUUAUGUCAGCACUUUGGAGCUAUUGGUAUUAUAAAAACCGAUAAAAAGACACAGAGGCCCAAGGUUUGGAUGUAUAAAGACAAAGCGACGGGGCAGCCGAAAGGAGAAGCUACUGUAACUUAUGAAGAUUCCAAUGCCGCCUCCUCGGCUAUUCAAUGGUUUGAUGGAAAGGAGUUUAAUGGAACCACAAUUAAAGUAUCCCUCGCCCAGCGGCAAAAUACAUGGGGCGGAGGAAAGGGCGGCGGCGGUGGCGGUGGCUUCCGUGGCGGGCGAGGCGGCGGCGGCGGUGGGGGAGGCGGAGGUGGCCCGCCCCGCGGGGGCAGAGGCGGCGGCGGCGGGGGUAGCGGCCCGCCCUCCGGCAACCGCGAGGGCGACUGGAGGUGCCCCAACCCUAGCUGCGGCAACACCAACUUCUCUUGGAGGAAGUCGUGCGGUCCCCCCGGGCGGGGUGGGCGCGGCGGUGGAGGGCGCGGGGGCGGCGGGGGGCGCGGCGGCUGGGGCGGCCGCCCAGACCGCGGCUCUGACCGCUCCGGAGACCGCCGGGGCUCGGGCGGCGGCGACCGCGGCUCCAGCGGCGGCGCCAUGAGAGGCGAUGGAGGCGGCAGAGACAGACAACGGCCGUAUUAGCUUUUAAGUUUUCUUGACUGAUGUAAGAUAUAUUCUUAGCAGAUUUGAAAAAACAACUGGGUUGGUACAGAUAAAAUGUAUUUGUUUUUUGUUAAUUGGAUGUAAAGAGACAGUUUCUCUUUAAUGUUAUAUAAUGAACGAUUUUGUUUUCACUAUAAGGGAACAUUUGUAACACAACUUUAAACAAUAUAAGAUAUACGACUAUCUUAAACUUUAUUAUAAAAAUUUAAUGUAAAAGUAAGAAAUAAACGAAAGUUUUCAAAAAUGUCUUACUCAAAUUAAUCUUUAAAAAUGUGUUGUAUUUUAUAUCGAAAAUUAACUUUGUACCAACACAGUCAACUUCCAAUGUUAUGUAAUAUUCUUUACAUAAUAGAAAUGCUUCUAAUAAAAUAUUACACUAAGACUAGGAGACAAAAUCAACUUGAGACACACAAAUCCUACCUAACUGAUUAAUAUCUUAUUGUCAAUUUAGCUAAGAUUCAUUAGAAUAUCUGUAUUAGGUAAGUUAAUUUUUUCGUGUUUUAAUAAAUACAUAUUCCACAAUUCA